AAUAAGCUCUCCAUGACACAAACCGAGUCCUGGGUCACUAACUGGUUGCAUUCCUACUUUUCAAACAGAAUGCAGUACACCGUAUACAAAGGCCAAUCCUCCUCUGCUGUGCUCACAGAAGCUGGUGUCCCCCAAGGUGCUGUACUCUCCCCACUUCUCUUUUCUUUCUUCCUACAUGACCUACCGUCUUCAAAUGACAUUAACUUUGUCAAAUAUGCUGAUGACCUAACUGUAUCUUUACCUGUCAAAUGUCAAAGUGACUGCUCUAAACUAAAUGGCUUCUUAUCGGAAAUUAGCCAAUGGUCCAAGGAAAACGGUCUAACCUUAAACCCCUCCAAAUGCCAAACAGUUAAUUUCACCCUUAGGCAUAAAUCUGACCUAAACAAACUGGUUAGCACUCACGAGGUGUGCAACAUAGAUGGCAGUGAAAUAGAAACCAAGUCGGAAAUUAAAUACCUAGGCGUCACUUUAUCUUCUGAUCUUUCCUGGUCGUCUCAUAUCUUGACGAUUUCCAAGAAAAUAUACCGUCUUACCUUCUACAUCAAGAAGUUAAGACAUUCUGGUGUAACCCAACCCUUACUCCUACAAUUUGUUAACUCCCGUAUUCUGCCUAUUAUUCUCUAUUGCUCCCCCUUAGUCUUUCCUGGGCUAUUGAAGAAAGACUAUACCUUAUUACGUAGGAUGUUAAAGGUUGUCAGCAGGGUAAGCAGCUUGCCACUUAGCCAGCUAGUUAAUAUUCUGGUGGACAGGCAUAUGGACUCAUGUGAAAAAUGGGCGAAAUCCAUUUUAUCUGACUCACAACACCCUCUACAUUCACAACUCUCCCCAUGUAUCUCUUCAGGGAAAACAAGAAGCCUAUAUAGGAAACUAUAUGCCCGCACUAGUAAGUACAAAAACUCAUCCAUACCCUACCUAGCCCGUGUUCUGUGCGAUAAAGAAUGCAUCAGGCAUGAAACCUUUAACUUAUUAAAUAGUCAGUAGAACCAAUGGAUCUCGUCUUUCCAACUCACAUCAUUUAUAGGUACAACGUUUUCUCGCUCUUCAUUCUGUAUUUAUUUUUGUUAUGUGCUGUUUUGUUUCUCUCUUCCUUGCAAACUCUACUUAAAACAUUCUUGUUCGUUCUUUCACACUCUGUAUAUCUCGACCAUUUUGCUAUCGCUUACGCCAGUAAAUAUGCUAGUAGUAUCUACUUCUCUAACACCUUC